AUGUCCGCCAAGACUUUUGCGGGCCAAGGUUUAGCCGCGCCGCUAGGUACUGCAUGCUUCCUAGUUGCUGCUGGCCCUCUAAACUUUCUCAGGCGCGAUCUCUUCUCUUCUUCCGUCACGACUCUGCGAUCGAUUACCAGCGUACUGCAUCUCUACGGCUACCUGAAGCUCUACCUAUCCAGAAAAACGAAAAAAAACCUCAUAUUUCGAUCCCGCCGACCGGUUGCUGUCAAGAUGGAGAUUGCUUCCGCUGUCCGCAUCCCAUCGCCAGAACCCGAUCUUCCAGAGCCACCCCGCAAGCGCGACCGUUCACCCUACGAAGCUGGUCCAUCAAAACGAUCGCGACGGUCAGAGUAUGAUGAGGAUGGUGAGCCACCCAGAGAGUCAGAUCGUCCACGCGACAACGACCGACGGCGAGAUCGAGAGAACGGACGCAGACGCGAAAACGGCGGAGACCGACCAGCGGCAGAUGCUCCAGAAGACGACUCCCGCCUCAAGCUCUUCCAGAGCGCAUUCAGCUCGACGCGUAAACUCCCCGUCGAUGAUUCCAAGACACGCGCUGGCGGCGCAUACAUCCCUCCAGCAAGGUUGCGGGCCAUGCAAGCUGCCAUAACGGACAGAAAGACCCCAGAGUUUCAGAGAAUGGCCUGGGAGGCUUUGAAAAAGUCAAUCCAGGGCAUGAUCAACAAAUGCAAUGUUGCCAACAUUAAGCAGAUUGUGCCUGAGCUGUUUUCGGAGAAUUUGGUGCGUGGGCGAGGUCUUUUUUGCAGAUCAAUCAUGAAAGCGCAGGCUGCGAGUUUGCCAUUCACGAACAUUUACGCCGCGAUGGUGGCAAUUGUGAACACGAAGCUUCCGCAGGUGGGAGAUUUACUUGUUCGGAGGUUGAUUAUCCAGUUCCGGAAGUCGUUCAGGCGCAACGAUAAGGCGGUGGCGGUAGCGAGCUCAACAUUUUUGUCACAUCUGGUUAACACACAAGUUGUCCACGAGGUUCUCAUUGCCGAAAUUCUGAUGCUCCUUCUCAACAAACCAACGGACGAUAGCGUGGAGAUAGCAGUGGGCAUCAUGAAGGAGGUAGGCCAGUUUAUGGAGGAAAUGAACGCCGCAAUUGCCAACGUCAUAUUCGACCAAUUUCGGAAUAUCCUGCACGAAUCCGAUAUCGACAAGCGCACGCAAUAUAUGAUCGAAGUUCUAUUUCAGGUCAGGAAAGACAAAUACAAGGAUAAUCCGGCUAUCAAGGAAGAGUUGGAUUUGGUGGAGGAAGAGGAUCAGCAUACCCAUCGACACGAGUUGGAGGAUGAGAUGAAGGUAGAGGACGGCUUGAACAUUUUCAAGUACGAUGCGGAGUACGAAGAGCACGAGGCGCAGUACCAAAAAUUGAAGGCUGAGAUUUUGGGUGAAGAAGAAGGGAGCGACGCUGAAUAUACAGAUGCUUCAUCUGAUGACGAGGAUGACGAAGAAGAGAAAGCCAUGGAUGUCAAAGAUCAGACGAACGCGGAUCUCAUCAGUUUGCGCCGUAACAUAUAUCUCACGAUCCAAAGCAGCGGCCAAUUCGAGGAGUGCGUUCACAAGCUUAUGCGCAUCGACCUGCCGCACGGGCAAGAAAAGGAGCUUACUAGCAUGAUCGUGGAGUGCGCCAGUCAAAAACCUACCUACGAGAAGUUUUUCGGGAUGGUUGGAGAGCGAUUCUGCAAGCUCAAUCGCAUGUGGACAGAUCUUUUCGAAGAAGGCUUCAUAAGCUACUACGAAACAAUUCACCGCCUGGAGACAAAUCGGCUGCGCAUUGUUGCUCAAUACUUUGCGCAUCUGCUUUCCAGCGAUGCUAUUGGUUGGCACGUAUUUAUGGCCAUCAAACUGAACGAGGAAGACACGACUUCCAGUUCCCGUAUCUUCAUCAAAAUUCUGUUCGAGGAACUCAUGGCAACAAUGGGCCAGAAAGUGGUGGUCGAAAGACUCAAGGAUCCUAUGCUCCAAGAGAGUCUCACAGGCAUCUUCCCCACAGACGACCAAACCAAGACACGUUUCUCGAUCAACUUCUUCACAGCAAUCGGAAUGGGUGUAUUGACCGAAGGCAUGCGCGAGUUUCUCACGAACAACGUGCCCCCACCUGCUGCAGUGCGUGCGGCAGACGACGAUUCGGACUCGGACAGCGUAUCCUCGCGCUCAUCAUACUCCUCAUACUCUUCCCGGUCUCGUUCGCGCUCUCUAUCGCGUUCGCGUUCUAUAUCACGCUCGCGCUCACGCUCACGCUCAAGGGGUCGCUCAUACACACCGUCCCGGUCUCGAAGCCGCUCUCGCUCAUCACGGUCCCGAAGCCGAUCGUAUACACCACCCGCCCGGUCUCGAGCCCGCUCGUAUACGCCUCGGUCUCGCAGUCGAUCAUACUCAUCACGGUCGCGUUCGCGUUCGCGAUCCCGCUCUCGCUCUCGCUCUCGCUAUCGAAGUCGUUCAUACUCUUCUCGCUCACGAAGCCGGUCUCGCAGCUAA